CUACACUGCUUCAUCCAGUAUUCAGUCAGUCAUCAAACAAAACACACUGGAAAGCAAUAUCGUGAAUUGACGGCCAAAAUUCACACAUCGAAAACUCCAAAAUCUGGAAAACUGGCAACAAUGGCAAACGAGCAGAUUCCGAGUUUAGAGAGUCACCUACAUUCGAUCAUUCCAGACGGAACACUCCCUCUGCUCCGACAAGAUGUUCUACCCAAAUUACUCCACAGCAUUACAGAUGUCGCAAAGGUGCUAAGAAACGAGGCCACAGUCUCGCAGGUCGGGACCGCAAACGCAUUCGGCGACGACCAACUGAACGUCGACGUACUCACCGAAAAAGCCAUCCGAUCUGCCAUCGCUCAGUGUCCGUCAAUAGUCACAGCAAGCAGCGAGGAAGAUCCCGUAGAGCGCUCAACAUCACCAUCCGGAUCAGCACCUCCUUCUGGAAAUGACGAAGUCUACAGUCUGGCUUUUGACCCGCUCGAUGGAAGUUCCAUCAUUGCUCCAAAUUGGACUGUCGGGACCAUCAUCGGAGUCUGGAAUGCCCCAAGUGCAGUCAAACAACACCCAUCCAAGCAAGUUGCCGCCAUCUUGGGUGUUCUGGGUCCCCGUACCACCGCCGUGGUUGCUCUACGGAUCCCGGGUUGUCAACCGACGUGUUUCGAAGUUGCAUAUGGCAGCCAGGGCGAUCUCCAGGUGGUCAGGCCGAGCAUUCGGCUGGGAGAUGCACCAUUUAAGACGCGGUAUUUCGCUCCUGCGAAUCUGCGCACUGCAGCUGAGAAUCCAAAGUACAUGUCCCUCAUCAACCAUUUCAUCCAGGAGGCGUACACACUUCGAUAUGCUGGCGGAUUGGUCCCAGACAUUAUUCACAUCUUAGUAAAGGGGCAUGGAGUGUACGUUUCCCCGGUUACGGAGAAGAGCAAGGCGAAAUUGAGGAGGCUGUACGAAUUGUUGCCAAUAGCGCUGAUUGUGGAGUGUGCCGGUGGCCUUGCGGUCGAACCGGAAUCGGGCAAUACUAUCCUGGAUAGGGAGGUGCAAGAUACCGACGAAAGAGGCGGGUUGAUUUGUGGCACAAAGGAAGAAGUUGAGCUUGCUGUAAAAACGCUCCUUGGUUGA